UUCAAUCUUCUCAACCUGGUGACCCAAACCUAUCACACCCUGUUUAAACUAUUCUUCUCCUAGACACUCAUCUAGUGCCGUCACAACCUUCGGACUAUCGGUUCUUCAUCUCCUCACGUGGUCUCCCCCAACACCAUUGAUGUCGGAAAUCACCUCCACGUACACCACCGAAAUACUCCUCCCAUCUAAAACUUCUGUCAGACUCUAGCUUAAACAUGGGACAGUAGGCGGCAACACCCUUGUACCCCAAUCUGUCAUUCGUUGAAUGUCCUAGUGUCGACAAUCUGAGAGAAAAGGCGUUGCGGUGAAGAUGCCUACAUAAGCGGCAAUGCGGGGAGGAUGCUAAAAAAAGCGGCUAAACGGGUGAAAUAUUCUCUAAAGGUGUGAUUCAGUCCAUAUUUACUUAGUACAAUUUUUGGACGUGUUCUUCGAAACAAAUACUCAAAUUUAGGCUAAUCUACUCUUGGAUUUCGUUUUUAAUUAACUGUUAAAUAGUCCGUAUUAAUUUUUUUUGGGUUUAAAUUCAUUGAUAUCGAAUUUAUAUUUCUCAAAUAUAGUUGUAAACUUUUAAAAAAUUCUUGUUAUCUUACUAUUCAAAUGAGAACGUAGACUUUAAACAUGAGACUUUCAACACCAUCCUUACCAAUCAUUGGGGUAAAGUGGUUCAUGGAAGCUCUCAGUUCAUCCUUGUCCAAAAAUUGAGAACCUUAAAAAGACCUCUUAAAGAACUAAAUAAAUUGAAUUUUGGUCAUAUCUCGGAGAAGGUUAAGGAAACAAAAAAGGAGUACAAACGGGUCCUUGGGUUGUCUAUGCAUGCUCCUCUUGAUGUUACCAUUAGGAAUGAGGUUGAACUGAUUAAAAAGAAACUCCUUAACCUUAAGUCGGAUGAGGAAGAUUUUUAUAGACAAAAAGCCAAAACUACACAUCUCAUCCAAGGUGAUAAGUGUACUAAGUAUUUCCAUUCAAUUGUCAAGAAGAAUCUGGCUAGAAACACCAUUACGGCCCUUAAACUUCCCAAUGGUGAUUCUACCACUUCAAUUGACCAAGUUGCUAUGGAAUUUGUUGAGUUUUACACUAAGCUAUUUGGCACACACUAUCCUACCACGGGGUUAGAUCCUAGCAUUGUUACUUCGGGUAACAUUCUGCCAUUGGAUGCUGUUGAGGACUUAGUUACUCCAAUAACUGAUUUGGAGAUUAAAGAGGCCCUCUUUGAUACCUCAGCCUUUUUCAAGCACAAUUGGCACCUUGUUGGUCAUGAAUUUAUACUAGCCGUCAAGGGCUUCUUUGGAUCUGGUAAGCUACUUAAACAACUCAACCAUACACUCAUUGCUUUGAUUCCUAAGACCACACACUCACCCACAGCUUCAGAUUUUAGACCUAUUUCAUGCACCAAUGUUAUCUAUAAGGUUAUUACCAAGAUCAUAGCUAAGAGAUUAAUUCCUUGCCUACCUAAUUUGAUUGACCCUGCCCAGGGGGCUUUUGUUGAUGGUAGGUUCAUGAUUGAUAAUGUGUUUAUUGCUCAAGAAUUGGUUAGAGGAUAUGCUAGGAAACAUGUUUCACCACGUUGUAUGAUCAAAGUUGACCUUCGGAAGGCCUAUGAUACCAUUUCAUGGGACUUCCUUUAUAACAUGCUUUUACAUAUUGGCUUUCCUUGCAAGUUUAUUCAUUGGAUCAUGGAGUGUGUUACCACACCUUCUUAUUCUAUUUCUAUAAAUAGGGUUCUUCAUGGGCAUUUUAUUGGUAAAAGGGGCCUUAGACAAGGUGAUCCUAUGUCCCCUCUUUUAUUUGCUCUUUGUUUGGAAUAUUUGUCUAGAUUAUUGAAUGUGAAAACCUGUGAAGCUCCUUUCAAAUUCCAUCCUAAGUGUGGCAGUUUGAAAAUCUCACAUAUUGCUUAUGCUGAUGACUUGAUGCUUUUUUCGAGAGGUGACUAUCCAUCUAUUAAAAUUCUCAUUGACUCCUUAGAAGAGUUUGGUAACAUAUCUGGCCUUCGGGUCAAUUAUGAUAAAUCCAACAUCUUCUUAGGGGGAAUGGCUAUAUAUGAGCUUGAUAACAUCUUGAGUUUGGUGGAUUUUAAAGCAGGAUCUUUUCCUGUUAAAUAUCUUGGGGUUCCUCUUGCUCCCCUUAAGAUAUCUGUGACACACUUUGCCCCACUAUUAGAGUCCAUUUCCACCUAUAUUAGCGCAUGGAAUCUCAAGACCCUCUCCUAUGCUGGUAGAGUUGAACUCAUUAAAGCCGUUAUACAGGGUGUGCACUCUUUUUGGUUACAAAUGUUUCCUAUCCCGAAGGUAAUACUUGAUAGAAUAACAGCUAUGUGCCGUAUCUUCCUAUGGGGUUGUAAAUACUCUAGAGUAUCUUGGGCUGAUGUAUGUCUCCCUAAACAUGAGGGUGGCCUUGGAAUACAUGAUACCAAAAUCUGGAAUUCAGCUUUGCUUGCUAAAAGUUUUUGGGACAUUCAUCUUAAAAAGGAUACUCUAUGGGUUAAGUGGGUUCAUAGUGUGUAUCUUAAUGGCCGAAGUGUGUGGGAUUUUGUCCCACACCAUAGGGAUUCACAAUUAAUGAAGAAAUUUGCCAUGGUACGUGAUGAGAUCAUCUCCAAAUUCGAGGAUGUGGCUGACACCAUUCGCUGUUUGAACUCCUUUCAAGCUAAUGGUAAACUUGUAUCCUCAAAAGUCUAUGAUUUACUUAGAAUUAAGGCCUCUACCCGUAGGUGGAUGUCCUUUAUUUGGAAAGACUAUAUUCCCCCUAAAUUUUCCUUUACUACUUGGUUGACAUUCCGGAAUAGGUUAGCUACAUGUGAUAAUCUUCAUAGAUUAGAUGUAGUUAACAUUUGUGUUAUGUGCAAGGGUGGGCCGGAAACGGCUUCACACCUAUACUUUGAAUGCCCUUUUUCAGGAAAAAUUUGGAGCUUGGUGAAGAAUUGGAUAGACAUGCCGAGGCUUAUGGGCACACUUUCAAGCUCGGUCAAAUGGAUUAAGAAGGAGAGAAGUGGAGCCACCAUUAAAGCUAAAGCGACAAGGAUUGCAUUUUGCUUCUCGGUUUAUCACAUUUGGAGGACUAGAAAUGCCAUCAAGUUUGAUGGUACUUCCCCCAAAGUUGAAGACGUUUUUGCUCGGAUCAAGUAUAUUGUCUAUAAAGUUUUGUAUAGCAUCUAUUCACAUGAAUUGGUGGUUUUUUGACGUUCACCAGCCCAUCACCUUGUUUUUUGUGAUCGGCUUUGCAUAGAGUGCUAACCAGCCUCUCUGGUUUUGUUUUUGGAGGUGAUGGGUUAUCCAAUCUUUGGAUAGCCUAAAAUUUUGACCACCUUUUUGCUUGUACGGUUUAAACUCUUUGGAUGGUUACUUCAAUUUAUACUUACUGUUCAUCCAAAAAAAAAGAGAACGUAGACUUUAAAUCCAAUAUUAUU